AUGGCUACGCCCACAGAUCUCCAAAUUCUCAGCGAAAAAACACUCCACCAUGCAGCGGACCCUGGCCUCAUUACCUACUGCCCGUCGAUGGACUUGCUUGCACUUGUGACCACAGAUCAACAGGUUUUCAUCUACCGUUUGAAUGGACAACGAGUCUAUGGCGCCGUACAGAAGACUGAUAAGCUGAAGGUUGAGAGCAUUCGAUGGAAGCCAAAUGGACAACUGCUCGCUAUCGCAUGGAGCGAUGGAUCUGUUCGACUCGUCAGCGCUGAGAGCUCUAAGAUCGUGCUUCAAUUCUCAGCAGGGGACCAGGUGGGAGGCAUCACGUGCAUGGGCUGGGCGACGAAUACGAUACACAGAUCCAGCUUAUCGAGCUCAAAGAAGAACGUAGAGUCUUGGGCGUCUUUCCUGGCUGCAGAUGGAGAUUUUUUCGACGAGAAGGCGCCCUUGGAUCUGCCACAGGAUCUCUCGUUGAUUGAUAUCGAAAUCAGCCUUCCGAAACUGAGCGUCUUGGCAGCUGCUGGGAAUUCGGAAGAUGUCUUCUCUUCAAGGUCAUCUCUCGAUGCUCUCUUUCGUCCAUUCGAUCCUAAGGACAACUCUUCUGUCAACGUUAUGGUUGUCGGCACCAAGGAGGGAAAUAUACAUCUCAGUAUCUAUGACUCGUUUGAGAUUGGGUCUUUCUUAUCACCAGUAACGAUUGAUGGAGCUCCAUGCCAUCUUAUUCGUCAUGCAUCCUACCAAGACUUCUCUACUCAUGCUUUACUUAUGGGACUACCAGAGUCGGGCAAAUCACUGUACUUUGUUCCCAUGGACCUUCGCUUCAUCUCCGCAUCAAGCGAAUACCUUUCUCUACUUGCAUCGCGGUCCACGGCUCUCAACAAUCUCUUGAGGUACAUCCACCAAGUCCAGGUUCUGAUGAUCAGUGAGUGGAAGUCAACUCAGGAAUUACCGAGUAGAUUUCUCCGGAACAUCAACGAAACCCUUGCAGAGAAGGAAGACAAUCGAGAUAUCGUUCAGGCCCUGUAUCACUCUGUGGCUACCGGCCACACAUUUCCAUCCGUACGAGAAUGGCUGGUUGAUGAGCUUUCCGAAAGGGGUCACAAGCGUUGGGAUAAGGCUGUUACGACAGGAUUGGAAAACUUGCGACGUCUUGUUCACGAAAAUAUGCUACCAGCACUGGAGAGAUGCUCUAUCAUCCUCAGUCGAUUCCUUGGUAUCGUGAAGUUUCAAGGCUCAAGCAGCUCUAUGGGCUUCACAAGUCAACAGAUCAAUCUGAUCAUGGACACUGUCGCUUGCAUGCAUCUUGUAUCGUCCAAGAUACUGAUUCAAGUUGUAGAUGAGCUCGAACUAUUUACGUCAUUCUCGACGUGGCUUCGUCAUGAGAUUGACAGACUUGCUUCAGAUUCAUCUUUGCCAAAUGAAGAUGUUGACAAGGAGUCCUCGAUUGAUCAUAGCAAGGUACUGCUGUACAUCCAGUCUAUCAUGACUUCCAGCCCUCUGGCCAUAUACCUCAACGACCCUUCAUCAUCUGACGAUAACGAAACCUGGACCCAUUCCAAAUAUGGUGUGCCCAUGUUUGACCUCUUAGACAAGGAGAUUCAAAAGCAGGAGCGUGGCUUGUCAUACAUAAAACCACUCCCUCGCGUUGACCUCCUUUGCGCAUUUUUUCAACAACAAGCACAUUCUAUUUUUGGUAAGAUUGCAGAGGCCGAGAAAAGAAAUGUAUUAUUUGGGAAGCCUCAGAACGUGGGGAUCGUCGAGGUUGAUGGGCCGGUAGAUAUGCGGAUGAGUGCAAAAGUGAGUAGCUUGACUUCCUGGCUGUCCCUUCUAAUUACUGAUUAGGGCCAAAAUGUCUCCCAAACACAUAUAGCGUCCGUCCCCAAAGGCUCACCUAGUGCUGGUGAGUUGUUCAAUACAGGCAAUCACUGUUCACACUAACGCGAACUAAGUGCAUGUUGUUCGGAUUACGUUGUCCAUCGAGAACGGCAUAAGUUCUCAGCACAGCAUAGUUUCCUCUACAAUUCAGCUUGGUACUGGCCAAGUUCGAGACGUCAAGUUUUUGGACGACAGCAGCCUUCUCGUGCUGUGGGAACUGGACGGGACUGUGAGCCUCUUGAGCAUCUGCUAUACCUCGACAGAGAAAGCAUAUUCGUUGACCUAUACUCCACAUGGAGGGGCAACAACUCCCAUAUCUGUCAACAAUGAAGAUGUUUUGAAAAUGUUCCCAGGUUACAAGUUGCCUGGGGAUGGUUCAUUUAACCCUCACAAAAUGGAGAUUCGGGGAAUGUCUGCCAGCAGGGGUAAGGAAGACUUGCGGAGAUUGUUCCUGCUUGGAAAGAAUAGGACGCAAUACAAGAUUGUCAAGCUUGCGGCCAAGGAUUCUUUGGUGGAGCGACAGGAUGAGGAUUCUUCGAUGACCUGAAGACAAAUGUCUGGCACCCGUCAGUGCAAAUUCAGAGGGUUGACCAAUAAAUACUCGAUUGGCAUCGGACGCUCGCCUCGGGUGGGACAAGAUCCAGCGGCAUCGUGCAUCCUGGCUCCUGGCUGCUGGCGACCUGCAUGCGGGCGGCGGCGCGGGCGGGGCUGGAUAGCGGAGUGCAUUUAGAGGGUAGAGCCUAUGGCAGGCAGUAUUUCCACGGCGGAUCGUGCCACUCUGUACGCUAAAGCUGUAGGUCAAGCCUAGCAGAGUUCCGGCCUAGGUCUACUACAGGGUUCCGUCAAGAGAUAAGACUGCGGCGAAUCCCAGGACAAUUAUUUGUGAUUCCCUUUUCC